AUGAUUAAUAUUUCACCUGAUUCAGAUUUAGUUACUAAUGUUCCAGGAAUUAAUUUUAAACCUAAUUUUAAACAUUAUUCAGGAUUUUUAAAAGCAUCAGAUAAAAAAUAUUUUCAUUAUUGGUAUACAGAAUCACAAUAUAAACCUCAAACUGCUCCAUUUAUAUUAUGGUUAACUGGUGGACCUGGUUGUUCAAGUAUUGGUGCAUUAAUUGAAGAAUUAGGACCAUUUCAUGUUAGUAACUAUGGCGAAACUGUUUAUGAAAAUCCAUAUAGUUGGAAUAAAAUAGGAAAUGUAUUAUUUUUAUCAUCACCAGCUGGUGUUGGAUAUUCAUUUGCAACUGAUGGUAAUAUAACAACAAAUGAUGAUCAAGUUGCUAAAGAUAAUUAUAAUGCACUUAUAUAUUUUUUAAAAUAUAAAUUUCCUGAACUUCAAGGUAGAGAUUUUUAUAUAACAGGUGAAUCAUAUGGUGGUGUUUAUAUUCCAACACUUGCAUCUUUGAUAGUUGAUGAUACUUCUGGUAUUAUAAAUUUUAAAGGGAUGGCAAUUGGAAAUGGUAUGUAUAAUUUUCCUAAUAAUUAUAAUACUAUGGUUUCUCUUUUUUAUUAUCGAGGAUUUAUGAGACAACAAUUAUAUGAUAAAGUUAUUAAUGAAUGUUGUAAUGGAAAUCCAUAUAAUUGUGAUUAUUUUUCACUUUUAAAGAAACCUGGUAGUGAAUGUAGAAUGUUGAUAUUAUAUCAAUUAAACUCAGCAAAUGCUUUAAAUACAUAUAAUAAUUAUUACCAAUGUUAUACAGAUUCAUCAACAGGUCUAAGAAAACAAUUUAUUGAAAGGCAAUUUUUAAGAAUGAUUGGUAUAAGUGAAAAAGAAUAUUUAUCAACAUUAUCCUCAACUUAUCCAUUACCAUUAUGCGCUCAAACUAAUAAUACAGAAUAUUAUAUGAAUAGAAACGAUGUUAGAAAUGCAUUAAAUAUUCCUUCAAUAUUACCAUAUUGGACAGAUUGUAGUGACUCUGUAGGUGCUUCUUAUCAAAUUACUCAUUAUGAUAUGACACCAGAAUUUGUUAAGAUUUUAAAAUCUAAAAAACGAAUUUUGAUAUAUAAUGGUGAUGUUGAUUCAGCAUGUAAUGUGAUAAUGAAUGAGCAAUUUAUUAAUAAUCUUAAUUUAACUGUAAUUGGAAGUGACAAACUUGUAACAUCUAAUUGGUACUAUGCAAAUGAUAUACCUAAUGUUGCUGGUAAUUAUAUUAAAUAUCAAGAAGGUUUAGAUUUUCUAACUGUUCAUGGUUCAGGACAUUUUGUGCCAACUGAUAAACCAAGAGAAGCAUUGCAAAUGUUAUAUAAUUUCAUUUAUCAAAAUGAUUACUCAAAUUCUGUUCCAUUUAGUACAUCAAAACAACCACAAUUAGAUUCUUAA